AUGGAGGGGACGCCCUAUCUGGAGCUCUACUUGGAUCCGUGCACUACCCAGGACAGCCUUGUCCCAGCCUUGUCUCCUCUGUUCAGCCCAGUUGUGCCUUGUGAUGUGUACACACCUAAUCCAUCCAAUCCAGAGACUACCCUGGAGUCGCAUCUUGAAGAAGUCAAAGAAACAGCUGGAGAGUUCCCAUCUGUGGAUCUUAUCUUCCUACCAGAUGAACUGACUCAAGAAAGUAGAGACCAGACUGUCGGUAGAAGCCAGCGUGAAAUUGAAGAAAACUGCACAGCUCACAGUCAUCAAGAUGAGUUGCUACCACGUGGUGAGCAGGAUGUCGAGCUGGAUUCUCACAACAACUGUUUAUCAAAUCCCUGGACACAGCUGCUUGUGCCCACUGCUGACUCUGCUCAGCCCUCACCUGAGAAACCAGUCCCAGGGGCCUUACCACUGACCAUAACUGCCAUGACUCCAGUGGCCCCUCCCUCAGAGUGCUCCGGCAUUGUGCCUCAGCUCCAGAACAUAGUUUCCACUGUGAACCUGGCUUGUAAGUUGGACCUGAAGAAAAUAGCUUUGCACGCUAAAAACGCAGAAUAUAACCCGAAGAGGUUUGCUGCUGUCAUUAUGAGGAUCCGGGAGCCCAGGACCACAGCGCUCAUCUUCAGCUCUGGGAAAAUGGUCUGCACAGGAGCCAAAAGUGAAGAACAGUCUCGACUGGCAGCAAGAAAGUAUGCUCGUGUGGUACAGAAGCUGGGCUUCCCUGCCAGGUUCCUCGAUUUCAAAAUUCAGAACAUGGUCGGAAGCUGCGACGUGAGGUUUUCCAUCAGGCUGGAGGGUCUGGUGCUCACGCACCAGCAGUUCAGCAGUUAUGAACCUGAACUGUUUCCUGGCCUUAUUUAUAGAAUGGUAAAACCACGAAUUGUUUUGCUUAUCUUCGUAUCUGGGAAAGUUGUGCUGACAGGUGCCAAAGAACGUUCUGAGAUCUAUGAAGCAUUUGAAAACAUCUAUCCUAUUCUGAAAAGUUUUAAAAAAGGUUGAGAAUAGCAUUCAAGAUUUUGCUGUUUUGAAUGUGUGUACAGAUUCAGCACAGAACAGCUGGAUUCUUUUGGCUUUAAUCAUAGUUGUUCAAGUACAUUUUGACAUAUUACUGGUGACUCUAUGUGAGUAACUGUGUCUAAGAGACCCGUGAAAACAAUUUCUUACUCAAAAUGACUCUUGUUUAAACAUUUAAGAAAAAUUCAGAAUUUGAGAGAUUUAGAGCCUUGUUAAAAUAUUAUUAAAACGGACUGCUCUGCUUUUGUUGCAUAAGUAACAUUAACUUGUGUUUGCUGAAAAGGCACAGGUAUAUAGAAAUUUCAAAUAAUUGCACAAACUAGAAACUGUGUAUGAUAUCACAGCAGAACAGAAAUUCCUUUGUCUAUAUUUUGCCUUUUAAAAUAUUGAAGUAGCUGGACAUGGUGGUACACACAUGAGAUGCCAGCACUCGGGGAGGCGGAGGCCAGAGGAUUCCAAGUCUGAGGCUAUCCUGGUGACCCUGUCUCCAAAUAAAGG